UGACAGAACAAAUGCAGCUCUUGCGGGGUGAGAAAGAAAACUUUCAGUCAAAGCUGGAGGCAGAACGUCACAUUACUCGGGCUCGGAUCAAGGAUCUGCUGGAGAAACAUGAAGCAGAGCUGCUCAGUGCUGCUGAUAAACAUGAGACGGAGUUGUCAGAGAAGGAGCAGGCCUUACGCAGACAGCUUGAGACUCUUCAGCGCUCUAUAUCACAGCCCGCAGAUGCAUCAGCAAACCAAUCCACCUGCAUCACAGCUCAGAGAGUCACAGAGCUGCAAGCCCAAGUGAAGCUGAAAGAAGCAGAGGCCAGUAAAGCAGAAGCAAAGUUCUUAAAAAUGAAAGCAUGGUCCAAAUGUAGGAUCAGGCAGCUCGAGGAGGAACUCAAAAAAGUUAAGUCUGGAGUAUGUCUCGACAUGUCCCCUGAUGUCACGACCCUACAUAGUCGCGUUACUGAAUUGCAAGAGGAGAGAGAGGAAAUGCUCAGCAAACUGGAGCUGUAUGAAGAUAUGAAGUCAAAAAAUGAUUUUCUUGAGACAUUAAUAGAUGAACUGCAGAAGCAGCUUAUGGAAUAUAAGGAACAGCAGAGGAAGAUGCAGGCCGACCUGGAGCAGGUGACCAAGAGAGCAACAUCACAGGUGAGUGAGACAGGCAGCAUGGAUGAUGUUCAGGUGAUGGAGUGGCAAGAAAUGAUUACCAUGGUGACUGAGGCAGAAAGGGUUCGAGAUCAGAGUCGUGAGAAGAAUGUCAUGGCCUUCAGAAUGAGCCACAUCGAGGAGGAGAGAGAGGGUGAGGAUGCUUAUGCUAUACACCUAUUCACAAAUGUUUGAAAUUAAUAGAUUCUAACGAAAAGUAUCAAAAAAAGCUGUUUGGUAGACAAACCAUGACUAUCAACUGUGACUUAAAUAGAAGUGCAUGCCUUUACGGUCGAGUGUUGCAGGGUAUACUAGUGCUAGCUAUGUUAAUAUUGUGGUACUUAAACCUUAAAUUAUCGUCAUAAAGGGUUAUUUGAGCUGAGCACUGCAUUAAAGGUUGUGUGAGUCUUCACUGGCUUCAUGAUUCGAUUUGAUUUACAAUUCAUGGGUUAUUGAUUCAAUUACAAUGUGAUUCAUCAGGAUGCGGCAUGUCCUUUUUUAUCUUUAAAUAUCUGUUUAUACAAUGCAAUUAAAUUUGAAAUUUAAGAUUAAUUCAAUUUAAGAUUUGAAUCAAACAAGUAUUUUAAUGCAAGUUAAUUUAACCACUCACAUGCAGCCAUGCAUAGCUGUAUACCUCGGAGUGCUCUUUAUAGUGUACACAUACAAAGGAUACAUGAGCAUUUGAAAGCAGCCAUCUGUUUGCAAGGUUCACAAUCAAUGCUUGUCCACUUGGUCAGGUUUUAAAUGGAUGUUUACAUAGCAGUGGUGGACAGUAACAAAGUAAUUUCACUUUGUUACUGUACUUAUGUACA